UGUUUAAUAUUUUGGGUCUUGUAUGAGUCUAAAAGGAGUUAAUAAGGUGCAAAAUUAUAAAGAUCUCCUAUGUUCCUAAGCGAUAUAUUUGAUCUCUGGUGAUUGCGUGGGAAGGAUACUGAAGAUGCAUUGCCAACGAUGCCAAAAAUCAAUACGAAGUUGUGAAGGUAUUAAGUGUGGCCUAUGUGAGUCGAGAUUUCAUAUUAAAUGUAUAAAUGGCAAUACAAAGAAUUUAGAACUAGAAUGUGGUGAUAAGGGAUUUCACUGGAUUUGUGCCAUGUGUCAAAAACCGUCUUGUAAAAUCAUAAACGACCAAAUUCAACCAGAUACGAUAUUCAAAGCAAUAAAUGCACUAACGGAGAAACUUGAACUUGUCAACAAGAUCCAGCUACCGAAACUAAAUAAUGAUUUGAUACAAAUAAAAUCCGUAACUGAUCAUAUUAAGAAACAAAAUGAGAACAUUCUAAUUAAAAUUGAUGACUUAAAGAACAGAAAGUGUGCAGAGCAAUAUAAAAAUUCGAACAAUAAAUAUCGAAAUCGAAAUCUUAAUUUGUCUCCAAGAUCGAAUCGGUGCGACGAGAAAACUCCGAUUUUGGGUACUGAUAAAGUCAGAUAUAGAACACGUAGGAGAUCAUAUCCAAUUAUUAAGAUGUUAUUACAGUUAAACCGAAGAUUGAGUCGAGGAAAUAGACCAAAGAGAAAAAUCAAUUAAAAUAA